AGGUGCGGGGCGUGACAGAAAACCGGGAAGGGGCCUGGUCGCAGAGACCGGGUGAAGCAGUUCGUGUCGCAGGUAGGGGUUAGUGAUUGUACCAUCCUCUUCCUAAUCUCGCCCUUCCCAUGCACAUCAUAUAGUCUCCAGCGCGACAAACGAUGCGGUUGUGAGGAGGUCGGUCAGGAAAUCGGUGCCGGAAAGCGGGACGGGCGGAAAGUGGGGGAGACAUGGAGAAGGAGUUCCGAGAAAUAGACGAAGAGAACGGCUGGAAUUCGUCUUAUGGGGAUAUAAGAAAUAAGUCUCCAGUGUUGCCCAACAAGAUAGCAAAGAAUCCUGAAAACAAGAAUCGUAACAGGUAUCGCGAUGUUAACCCAUAUGACCAUAGUCGUGUCAAACUUCAGAAUGUGGAGAAUGAUUAUAUCAAUGCCAGCCUUGUUGUUGUUGAAGAAGCCCAAAGGAGCUAUAUUUUAACACAGGGCCCUCUUCCCAACACCUGUUGUCAUUUCUGGUUAAUGGUAUGGCAACAAAAAAGUAAGGCAAUUGUUAUGUUGAACCGAAUAAUUGAAAAGGAUGCGGUAAAAUGUGCACAAUACUGGCCUACCCCAGAGGAAGAGGCUCUAUUCUACAAGGAAACUGGUCUCUGUGUCAAAUUGGUGUCUGAAGAUAUCAAGUCCUACUACACUGUUCGAGUGCUACAGUUACAAGAUAUAAAAACAGGAGAAGCAAGAGAUAUUUUCCAUUUCCAUUAUACAACUUGGCCAGAUUUUGGAGUUCCACAAUCUCCAGCUUCAUUCCUAAACUUCUUGUUUAAAGUACGAGAGUCUGGCUCACUUAGCCUUCAAAAUGGACCCGCUGUAGUUCAUUGCAGUGCUGGAAUUGGACGCUCCGGAACAUUUUCACUAGUUGACACAUGUCUUGUCUUGAUGGAGAAAAGAGAGGACCCAUGUUCAGUUGAUAUCAAGCAAGUUUUGUUGAAUAUGAGAAACUAUCGCAUGGGACUUAUUCAGACUCCAGGUCAACUGAGAUUCUCCUACAUGGCAGUAAUAGAGGGAUCAAAAUAUAUCAUGGGUGACUCAAGUCUUCAGGACCACUGGAAGGAACUCUCACAAGAAGACCAAUGCCCCAAAAUAGACAGACUUUCUUUCCAAAGACAGUGUGUAGAGAGGUGUAAUGGUAAUAGGCUUUCAGACCAUGGAGAAAACACUUUGGAAUCCUGUUCUAAACCUCAGGAUGAUGGGAAUGGCAGCCCAGAAAGUUUGGUUCGGAGGAGGCAACAAGAGGACAGGAAAGCAAGUACUGCUCAGAAGGUGCAUCACAUUUUACCAAGUUUUGUUCCAGCAGCUGAGAUGCAGGACCAUAAUAAAGAGCUCUCAGAAGAUGACGAUUCCCUCAAAGAAGACAGCUAUUUCUCUCUCCAAAGACAGCCUGGAGAGUGGUACAACGGUAACAGGCUUUCAACAGAAGACCAGGAAAUAAAUGAGAAUAAUUCCGAAUCUAGUAUCAAACCUCAGGAUGUUGGGGAUGGCAAUGCAGAAAGUUUAUUAAGGAAGAGGCGCCGAGAGGACAGAAAGGCAUGUACAACCCAGAAGGUGCAGAAAAUUAAGCAAAUGAUGAAUGAAGUGGAACGAAAAAGAAAAAGGCCGAGGCUCAGCGACACCUAAACUUCCACGGCUUCUGACUUUUCUACAGCCAUUACAGUGCGAAACCAUUGACAUGCAAAGCAAGACAUGAAACCCUCUUCAGGAUCAAAUGUGAGGUUUAGUAAUGAGCCGACCUCAUUGUGUUUUCUGUUUACCAAGUAAACUUCUCCAUCCGGGGGGUGAAGAACAUCACCAGCACCAGACUUUGCAGAACAAACUUACUUCAUGUGUUGUCAAGUGUUUUCUAAUGCAUGUACUGUAGAAAUGUAUGUAAGAUACUUUAGAAGAGUACUUUGUAUCAUUCUGCCAUUCACAUUGUAUUUUUAUACUUUUUGGCAGCAUUAAAUAUUUUUUUAAAAUCUUAA